AUGGCGGCCACGCGGGGAGGGGCCACAGCGACCGCCUGCGCCUUAAAUUUGGAUUUCCGCCUUCCCUACGCCGCCUCUCCUGCUGCGGUUGCGGGAUUCGCGCUCGGUCCUCAACCCACGCUCUCCGCAGCAUGUCUAGAUCGCCGCCGCUGCAUUCAUUUCCCCUUCCCACCUCCCGCACCACCAAUUCUGCACCAUCUGCGUGCUUGCGAUUCCUCACCUUGGCACGAAGCAUAUGGACACCUUCUAGACACCAUCCCCUCGAGUGCUGCCCAACAAUCCGGCGCCACCUGGCUCCCGGCCACACCCACCGCCACGCUGUCGUCGCCGCGCUCAAUACCCUCCUCCUCCCGGCCCCAGCACCUCGAAGCAUCACCGCGCGCUCAGCGCAGCCUCUCGCCCUCCAGCACAGCAGCAUCUCCCACCAACAGAAGGCCUUCCUACGGCAGCAACCUCCUCGCCGUCCCGGGCCGCGCGCCCGGCGACGUCGAUGCCGACUACGGCCUCGGCCUCUCGCCCACGGCUGCAUCUCCCGAAACCGCCUCGCGUCAUCGCCGUGGCUCGCGCUCUUCCAUUCUAGCUUCCGCAACAGAGGCAACAGGUGCAACAGGCGCAACCUCCGAUCGCGAGUCCAUCCGCUCCUCCGCCAGCAGCUCUCGCGCAGCCCCUUCCUCCGCCAGGCGCACGUCCAAAUCAACCCGUCCAGACGACAGAGACCGCAACGCCUCUCCCGUCUCCUUCUACUCAACCCUCGAGGCUCCCUUCGCCUCCCCACGCACCUCGCGUCAGGGCAGCCUCCAAGUCGAGAAUACCUUCGCACCUUUCACAACCACCUCUCCACCAACGGCACAUGCACAAGCCCAGCCGCAUCACUCGCCCCGCGCCUCCAUCGCAAAUGCAUCAAACUCUACCCACAGAACUGCGCCUACGCCUCCAGCCGCUUCCAGCUCCACUCGAGCCGCUUCGGAUCGCAUCACUCCAGACAAGCGACCCAUCCAGUCAACUGCUACUGUCCAGCGUGCCACCUCUGCUCAGCAUAACAGACUCCCAAACGGCGCUACCCUCACCACUUUGACGCCUUCGCUCUCUGCUUACUCUUGGCAGUCUGACAAGCCCAACACACCUGCCAAGCGCCAAGCUGCUCCGCAACCGCAGCCUCUACAGCAGCCGCGUUCAGCAGCAAGCGAGUACACCGCACCCAAGUCCAUUUCCACUUCGAGGUCCGCCAGCACAUUUGCACAGCUUGAAUCUGCGUCAGCCCGACCAAGGUCCAAAAGCAGCGCUAGCUCUUCCAAGGAUGUCGGCACUCGAUCCCAAGCUGCCAAAGCCGCCGCAGCCCCAUCUGUGCCUCUUCCUUCCACCCUCACUGCGACGGCCGCCUCAAAUGCUCCUUCCAAAUUAAGCUUGCGAUCCCGCAUAUUUGGCCUCAAAUCUUCUCAAAACGCUCCUCGCUCAUCAUCGCCCGCAGACUCGGGAACAGACACCCCGUCGCCCAGAUCAGCGCAUUUCCCGCCAUCCGUCCACUCCGAAGGCUCCCACAGCGACUCAGCCCCCCUCGACCGCGCCGACAGCCUCUCUAUCGAUCGCGACUUCCCAUCCCCCAGCUACUCCCACUCUGCCCUCGGCCACAGUCGUGACGCCGAUGAUGAAAUGGGCGAUGCCUUCAGCGCCGAUCCACGCUCCACUGCUCAAGCUGGUCGCAAGUCGAGCGGCGCCACCAGCUUCCUUCGCAAGACCAUACGCUUCAAGGACAAAUCCGCGUUCCUCAAGGCGCGUCCCUCCAUCUCCUCGCUCAACUCUGACUCGGCCGCAUCGGCUUCCCAGUCCGUCCCUCCUUCGCCAGCAGACCCGCCCAGCAGUUCAGAUGCCGAGGAUGUCGCAAGGAAAGCGCCAUCCUACAAGCAGGUCAGCGGCCGCAGGGGCGCGCAGUAUCACGAGCCUGCUCAAGACCUCAAUGCUUCGGCCAAUGUGCCAUACUCCGUACAGCAUCAGCCGCCUAGUCUCGAUACCAAGCACCAACAUCGUCCCGCCGCACUCUUGCCCGCCGUCACCGAACGCGAUCUGCAGCUACCGCCAGAAGCUCAGCGUCAGCCCCACUAUAACGCGUCAAGGCGCCUACCUUCACGAUCGGAAAGCAGCUCCGCGUUGAUGCACGACCGUCCCAGCGGCACAAAUGCACAGGCAAUCGCGCAGUCACCCACUGCCGUGGGCGCCAGUUCGCCGGUCAUCACCGACGAUCGAGCCGCAGCACAAAAUCGCAUUCCGAGAAGUAGCAGUCUCCACGCUUCAACGGGCAGGGGCCAUCCGGAUGAUCUCCUUCCAUAUCGCAUCGCGGCAGAUCGAUCCGUGUCAUCGUCUCUGGCUACACAGGAGACGCCUGCAUCGCCACGCCGCCGGCCUCGCUCAGGGUCGGCCAACGCCUUUGCACCGCAAAUUCAGCCUAGAACCACAAGUUCACCCGCACAAAGCCAUACGCGCCGGCCUGUCACAGCGCAAGGCACUCCAGAAAUUUCUGAGUCGCCUCAGAUGUCGGCGCCCUCCCCAGCGCGGUCAUCGCAGCGCACAACCCGGCCCAAGACAGCCGAUAGCGGUCAUGGAUACUCUAACUCGCUCUCCAGCCUCCGCGACAUUCUUGUGGUCGCCAACGCCAUCUCCGAAGAGGGCGCCUACUACAACUCGCCAGACAAGAGUGCUCCGAGCCCAAGUGCAAAGGCUGCCGCCGGUGCUUCGCCCGUCGACUCAAAGAGGCCUGGUCUGCCGCCCAAAAAUCCGCUUCGCAAGCAGAGACCGUCGGCAGCCAGCGCGACAGAUACUCCCUCAGUCUCGGGUGAUUCGCCCGCCUCGGCGCAUACAUCCGGUGUCUUCCCGGGUCCCGCCAUGCUGACAACCCAGACACCUCUGAGCCCCACCGGUGCGCGCCCUCGCGACUCUAUCGGACCACUCUCGGCAACUAGCUCCUCUCCGACAGACUUCAGAACACCAACCUCGGAACCGACUCCACUUCCCAGCCUGGAUAGGCACGGCGCAAAUGACUACUUCCGCCCACGCGAUGCGCCUCGCCCGCCCGAUGCGCAACUCAUGCAGCUUCCUGCUCGCUCACCGAGUGCAGUGUCGCCUGGCAUCAGUGGCACGUCAUCACCAGCGUUCUCUACCUUGCCCGCAUCCCAACAGCUCUCUCGUGCUCCUUCCACCGAUUCUGCCAUCGGCUACGUCCCUCGCCGGCAUGAGCGCGCUGCCAGUGACGCAGCCAGCUCCAUCACCGAUCUGCGAACGCGGUCGGGGCCAGGGGCUUCGACGCCGUCGUUGCAUUCCGAAUCUUCCUCGAGCGUCCGGAAAAAGAAAGACGGUCCUGGAAGCAAGAUGUUUGCGUUCGCACGUGACCUCGCUCAGCGAGAAGGCAGCGAGGCAAACGCAACUCUGUCAAGCUCCGGUACUUUCCGUCUGGGCAGGAGCAGCAAGUCCAAGAAGGGUGAUGCCAGUAAUCGCAUCGUCAUCCGUCGCUUGUACGAUGGGCCUUUGGAAGCUGAAGCGGCUGCGCACGCUUCCAGGCAGGCUUCGGGAUCCUCCGGAACUUCACCGGUCGCCUACGCCGAGGGUGUCAGCCCCGGAUCUUCCGUCGCUGAACUUGCAAACGGUGGCGCGCAUGAGCCUUAUACGCCAGGAGGCUUCAGCACUCCUGGAUACGGUGGCCGUCUGCCCAGCUCAGGCAGCCUCGUCCGCUCGGCAUCGUCAUCCGGCAGCACGGCAAGAGAAUUCAUGCUGCAGGGCUCGAACCAGCUGCUGACGCCGCAGUUCGUGAACACCAAUGGCACGGCUCUUCUAGCUCGAAGCCCCAGCUUCGUCAGGCCGAGCUGGUCGAUUCCACAGGAAGGAUUGUCCCCGACGCAGAAGCGAUUAGUCAAGCGUUGGUUCAUCCUGCGCGAGCUUCUGGACACUGAGAAGGCCUACGCAUCGGACCUUGCCGUGGCUCGCGACAUCUACCUGGCGCGUGCGAAGCUCGGGGCAGGCAUUACGACACCGCUCUCCCCUCUGAGCGUUCGAUCGGCGAGCGUCUUUUCGCAACUGGCUUCUCCCGAGCCUCCCUCCCACGGCAGGUCCUCGCAGCCCCACCUCCACCAUCGAGGUAGCGUCAACCCGCUCAGUCCUGGAGCAGCUGGUCCUGCUGCAAGAGGUCCUCUACCCCAACGCACUCUCUUCCGCCACGCCUCCGCGGAUGCAUCUGCGACCGCUGCACUCGCCAGUCCUCACUCGGUCAACCAAGCCCCGUCAUCGACGUCUCUGGCAUCCAGCAAUCCGAGCAAUCGCUCUUCGGUGUACACGGUGUCGUCUCAGAGCUCGCAGACUUCGGAUGCAAGUCAUUUCGCUCUCGCCGGACAUUCGAAUCUCGGAGCAGGCCUUCCGUCGCAGUUCUCGAUCGACGGCGGCGCACCUUCGCCGAGUAUUGGUCUCAAGCUCAACCAAGGAUCGCCUCUGGCGACCCCGAGUCCCAGCUUCUCGCCUGCUCCCUCUACGCCUGCCACUCCGUCGAUUAUGACGCCUUCAGGCUUUCCAGGCUUGGGUGAUUCGACCCAGUCAAACUCACCGGAUGCGCCGUUCAGUCCGAGCGACGUCCGCAUCAUCUUUGCCCAGCUGGAAGCAUGCGCCGCUUUCGCCGACGAGAUGGUGGUAGUCCUUGAAAGCGCAGUCGGCACAGUCUGCACCGGAACGGCAGAAGACGCGGCCCAGUUGCUUGCACGUGGCGACGUCACAGAGGACUCGGAGACGGACCGAGUGGGCCAAGCCUUCCUCAAAAUCAUGCCACGGAUCGAGCAGGUGUAUUCGGCGUACUGCUCGCGACAUGAGGCGUCCAUGGCGAAGUUGCAGGAGCUUUUGAACACUCGACCCAAGACGGUCGCUUUCGUGAGCGAAUGCACGCAGGCUGCUCGAGCCUACACAAAUGCGUGGGAUUUGUCCUCGCUGCUCAUCAAGCCCGUCCAACGCGUGCUCAAGUAUCCGCUCCUUCUCGCGCAGAUUCUAGAGUCCACGGGCAACCAGCAUCCGGAUGCCGAGAAUCUCGCAGCCGCCUCCGCCGAGAUCCAAAAGGUGGCAGACAACAUCAACGAAGUCAAGAAGCGCAAGGAUCUCGUGGAGCAGAUCGUCAGUGGCAAGACAGCCAGACGCACCACCAGCCAACGCAUGCAGCAUGGCGCCACCAAAAAGCUCUUGCGUCGCCAGGAGAAAGUCAAGAAGGCUGUUCUAGGCCCAACUGAGGAUCUUCUCGCCGAUGAUGGACAGUACAAGGCGUUGGUGGUGCAGUUCCGCACGCUGGAAAAGUCGGUAGCAAGCUUCGCUAGACGAUGCUCCGGCUGGUCGACGAGCGUCAAGGAGGCUCACGUUGCACAGUUGCGGCUGCUCGAUCAAUGGUGCAGGACGUAUGCCGUUGACGAAUCUCUCUCGGGCAGCGAAGCAGAGAUGCGUCUGCGUGCGUUCAUGCACCUGAUCGAGGAAAGCUUCCUGAGCGACUAUUGGACUCAACUCGACUCCGAGAUUCGCACGAGCUUGACACCCGCUGUGCAGCGGAUGGCGUCCCUCUUCAUUCUGCCGCAGGCGGUGAUUGCCAAGCGUAACGACAGAGAAGCGGAUUACUCGAGAUACCGGGCCGAGAUCACGCGCAGUGGCUCCAAGGCGGCGGACAAGAGGUUGACGGAAAGCGCAAAUGCCUUUGUCGCCUUGCAUACCCAGCUCAUGAACGAGCUGCCGCAGUUCAAUUACGGCAUCCAGACGCUGAUGGACAUUUGCAUCGAAUCGCUCUCGCGGACGCAAGCCUCGUACCACCUGCGCGUCCACCGCGCGCUGAUCAGCUUCUGGCAGAGCUUUGGGCCCGAAGGCGCGGGCGACAUCGUCCACAACGAAGACACCGACGAAAAGUCCAUGCGACAUCUGAACCCUGUCAAGAUCUUCUGGCCGCUGCACAGCAACAUCGCUGGCUUUGCCGAAUCGCUCAGCAUCGUGUCGGGCGUCUAUGACCGCUCGCGCUCGGCCUCGGUGAGCAUGGACAGCGAGCUGCUGGCCGUCGGGCACCUCAGCCCGUCGAGCAACACGCACUUUUCGCCGCUGCAGUCAGAGCGUGCUCUGCCGGAUCCGGAGUUCUCAUCCAAGGUUCCUGAUGCAUCGAGCAUGAGCCAGCAGAUCGAGUCGAUCACCGCGGCUGGUUCCGAGGAGCUCUUGGAGCCGAUGAGCGCGCGCGCCAGUCCGUUUGCCACUCCGCCGCUGGGAUCGCGCGGGCCGUCGUUCUCGCCUCAGCUUCACCAGCAGGCAUUGCUCGGCUCACCGGCGCACAUUGGCUCAGCCUCGCUGCACGGGGUUCCGAGUGGCAGUGGCCCGCCGCCGCUGCGGACGACCAAGUCCGGUGGACUGAUCGGACUGCUGCGCUCGGUCGGAAGCAGCUCGGCGAUGGGGGGCACGAUGGGUUCACGCAAGAACUCGCAGUCAACCGACACGAUGGCCGAGAGCUUCGGCGAGGGGUCGGAGUCCAACCCUCCCACUCCAAUCAGCAAGGACACGCCAGUGCUCAACAAGCAUGACCACGACGACGCCGCGGAAGACGUGGCGCCACCUACGCUGCCCGCGCUCAGCUUCAAUUCGGGCUUCUUUGCUCAGUCCGAGGUGUUCUCAACGCACCCUCACGGGCCUGAUUCUCCGCGUGUUGUUCCAACCGCUGACCAGCCGGUGGAUCCCAGGAGUCACCCCGCGCUACCAACGACGAGCAGAGCCGAGGACGCGACUAGCAGCAGCACUGCGACGCCCACAGGCACGAUGGCGGCAGUGGCCAACAGCCCGGCGGGCGCGCGUGGGUCCAAAGCAGGCCACCCGCUGCUCGAGUAUGUGGUUGGCGACCUGUUCCGCGUUGUGGACGGCGAUGCGUCGCACCUCUUCGGCUCAUCCGAGCACGGCGCGACCGGCUGGGUGGAGCGCGAAAACUUUGUGCCCCUCUCGUGA